AUGAAAGUUGGAGAGAUAUUGUCGAGCAUAUUAAGGCUACAAUCACUUGCUUUAUUACUGGUUUCAGGUUUAAGUGGAUUCUUCCUCUACUAUCUCGUCGUCAAUAACAUCAAAAUUGUGACUAAACCACGAGAAGUUGUAGAGUCGGACAAAAGUACGGAGAAUGAAAAAUUAAUAAUAACACUCUUUGCAAAUAAGAUUAUUGUUGAUAAUGACCUUUCCAUAAUCGAGAAAAAUUUAAAUCGUUUUUUGAACGUCUGCUCAAGGACUAAGCUUUAUCUUAUAACACAGAUUAAACGCGAACAUGAAAUGAAAGUCGUCUUGAACAAUCUGGAAGUUCAUAACGUUUUCAAGAAUGGAUUAGCGGCUCAUAGAGCUAUGUUCUGCAAUUCUCCAUCUGGAAGAGUGUCUAUGAUACAACAAUUACAACCUCAUAUUCAUGUUGAAUUUGACGCAGAAGGUGUUAAUUUUGUUUUUGCUAAAUUACCUCUGGCAAAUAUUGCGACAUUUGAUGAUAUAAAUGGCAUUCUAAAUACUGAAUCAGCAUCUUAA